CAAGAAUCGAAAGAAUCGACCAAAACAUUGCAAGAAUAUAUUUGUAGACAGCAAAGAAAAUCUCAUCCAAGUUCCUACUGGAAUAAUUUUCAGAGAUACAAUUAAUAAUUCCAAUGUACCACGUGGAACAUGGAACGGUGCUGAAAGUUUUUAUGAUAACUUGGAAUACGAACUAUGUAUUGCAGUAUCAUGGCCAUGA